CGCGUUUUACAUAAAUUUUUUUUUUUCGCUUUGACGUCAAUAAUACCCAAGCCCUCAUCCCAGAAUCCCAUUCCCAAAUAAACCCAUUUUCUGCUGUCUACCUGUCUUGCCAGUCGGUACCACUGCCGUACCAGCCACCAGGGACUAGCAACCUCACUGCCACACCAGCCACUUGAGAUCGACGGUCAUCUACUCUUCCCUCCAAUCUCCAUCAUUAACUGGACCAUUCCUCUUCUUCUUUAAGAUAAUACCAGUUAUUGCUCUGGGAAGUGGUGUUUGUUUGACCACAAUUUCGUUUUGAAGUAGCUAUGCUACCGACUGAAGUCAGGGAAACUCAACUCCGUGAGAGCAACAGCCAGAAAGUCCACCCUCAACCUAUGGAGGAGUCCAUGAAUCAAAAUGGUGAAGCCAUAGAUGCUUUAAUUUCGAGGAUCUUUACAAAUAUUUCAUCUUUGAAGACAGCUUACAUUCAGCUUCAAGCUGCUCAUACUCCUUAUGAUCCUGAUAAAAUACAAGUUGCUGAUAAACAAGUCAUUGCUGAACUCAAGAAUUUAUCGGAGCUUAAGCACUUCUAUCGAGAAAACAAUCCCAAACCUGUAUGUGUUUCUCCUCAGGACUCCAGAUUAGCGGCAGAAAUUCAAGAACAGCAAAGUUUAUUGAAGACAUAUGAGGUCAUGGUGAAGAAGUUCCAGUCUGAAAUUCAGAAUAAAGAUUCAGAAAUAAAUCAGUUGCAGCAUCAGAUAGAAGAGGCAAUGCAAAAACGAGAGAAACUCGAAAAGAAUUUAAAGCUUAGGGGGCUGUCAACAAGAGAUUCAGGAGAGCAAAAUGGAUUCUUCCCUGUAGAUUUGACUCCUGAUCUAUUCAUUUCGGCUGUAGAAGCUGCAUACAAAGCCAUCCAUGACUUCUCAAAGCCACUGAUCAACAUGAUGAAGGCGGCUGGUUGGGACCUUGAUGCUGCAGCUCAGUCGAUUGAACCAAGUGUUGUUUAUGCAAAGAGAGCUCACAAGAAAUAUGCAUUUGAGUCAUGUAUAUGCCAAAGAAUGUUCUUGGGAUUUCAACAGGAGAGUUUCACAGAGAAACCAGAAGAUUUGUCUGUUAACAGAGAGAGUUUCUUUCACCAGUACCUUGCUUUAAGAGAAUUGGACCCUCUGGAUGCUUUAGGUCAAAACCCAGAUUCCAACUUUGGUAAGUUCUGUAGGAGCAAGUAUCUAAUAUUGAUUCACCCGAAAAUGGAAGCCUCUUUUUUUGGUAAUUUGGACCAGCGGAACUACGUCAUGGGGGGUGGGCAUCCUCGCACUCCAUUCUACCAAGCCUUCCUGAAACUGGCAAAAUCUAUCUGGCUGUUGCAUAGACUAGCGCAUUCUUUCGACCCAAGUGUCAAGGUUUUCCAAGUCAACAAGGGAACUGAGUUCUCUGAGGUUUACAUGGAAAGCGUGGUAAAAAACCUGGUACCUGAUGAAAGCGAACAAAAACCAAAAGCUGGCUUGAUGGUUAUGCCUGGUUUUUGGAUUGGCGGCACAGUAAUUCAAAGUCGUGUUUACCUAACAGGCAUGAAAGUGGCUGACUGAGUCUGCUCUUUGAAGGUUUGGUUCCCGAUUCAAUCAUGCCAUUAAUUAUGUAACUUAAUGUUCAUUUUAUAUGCAAAUCCGUCCUUGUAGUUGCUGGCUGCUAUGUUGUUAGUGCCUCGUCUUUACUCUUGAGUUUAGACUUAGUGUGAUGUUGUAUUUUGUAUGUUGUAUGUUGUAUGGUGUAUGUUGUAUGUGUAUGUGUAUGUGUAUGUGUAUGUGUAUGUGUAUGAAUCUGAGUAAUCGUACAAGCCCUCAAGGGUUUGGUGGUGGCAUUGGUGUCUGAAAUGUUAUGUUACAUUACAUCUUCA